UUUGCAGAUAAAAUAAAGUAUAGCCAGAGUUGCCUAGACUGUAAGCAUACGGUCUAAACUCUAAAUUCCAUACUAUUACUGUACUAGAUCUAUAUUUAUACACUAGUUUAACUUAGAUAAUAAUGGCUCUCAGUCAGCAAUCAAGGAAACACCUGCAACUCCUCGUUGAUUGUUUGCAAGAACAGCAAAGUGAGUUACAGGGUGUCCUAGAUCAGUUCAUCAAACAGACAGUAACAAAAGCUAGAAGCUGGCUAGAAAAACCGGACCAAGGCAACAUGUCAUUCAAUGACAUCCAUGUCAUGCUUUCAGGAGCCAGUAGAAAAUUGUUGGAAACUAUAAACUUGUAUACAGACAACACAAUAAAUCAAACAUCUGAAUCUGUGGACUCAGGAACAUCAGCACAAUUGAAGUGUGCCACAAGUGAGAAGCCUUCUGUAGCACUAAAUGAAUCAGCUUAUUCAAAUGAAGAAAUAAAUUCAAGGUUUUUAGCUUUAGAAGAUAUCAUUUCUGGUUUAAAACAAGCAAAAGUGGAAAGCAAAGAAGCAGUUAAUGAAAUGAAGCAGUGGAAGGAAGCUGUGACAACACAACAACUGGAGAUGGAGGCCAGCGUAGAAAACUUUAUACAGAAACAAAAUGCUAAAACAAAACAUUUUUCCAAGCAAAUUAAAGAAGUUAAUAAAAGCAUAACUAAAAUAACACAAGAUAUAAAAGCUUUAAAAAACAAUGAAGCAGAUUUGUUUAGUAAAUUCACAACAGCUAAUAAAUCAUUGGAGAAUUAUGAGACGAAUCUGGCUCACUUGAAUUCUGGGUUAAAUGCAAUCCAUAAUAAAAUUGAUAACAAUAAGGAUGACAUGUUAAAGUUAACAGAAUUAACCAGCAAAUCUAAAGAAAACCAAUCUCAGGCCCUGCUGAAUAUUGAAAAAGAUUUGGAAAAAUUAGAAGUAAAGUAUGGUGUUGUCAGCAACAUUCUACUACAAAGAUUGAUGCCCAUUGAAAAGCUGCUUCGAGUAAUAAAUACUCAAAAUUCUGCUAGAGUAGAAAAAUGUAAUAAGUUUCAUGUUUUGCAAGAUGAUAUAACCACAUUGAAAGCAGAGGUAUUAGCAAUCAAUUUAAAAACACAGCAAAAAGCCAAUGUUAUAGGAUUUUCAGCUUCAUUUCGGAAUGAUGAACCCUUAAAUAAAAAUAUUUUCAGCAUUCUUCAAAGGUUCGAUUAUGUUACCAUCAACACAGGAAACCAUUUUAACCCAGCCACUGGAAAGUUCACUGCUCCUGUUGAUGGCCUCUAUGCUGCUAGUUUUUGUUUUAUUCAACACAAUGAUGGUGCUAUUAAUGUGUUAAUGAGCCAUGAACUAAAUGUCAACAAUGUCAAAUCAAUUUGCUGGUCUAAAACAACAAGGGCACUUUCAACAGGUGUAUUCAGUACUGCUGUCUUAAUGAAGAAGGGUGAAUUUUUAUGUUUAGCAAUUAAAGGUGAAGGGAACGCUUCCUUGUCAAAUUUUUCUCAAUUCACUUGUUUUCUCAUUAGUGCUUAACAGUUGUAAAAAGAAAGCGUUAGCUUUUUAUUAA